AAAUGUUUAUGUGAUAUACAAGUUGAGUCAUUUAUUUUAACAGUAAAUAGAUCUGAUCAAAAGAAAUGUUUUUUCCUUUAGCAUUUUUCUGGUAAAAUUAAAGUAACAAAUAUAUAAGAUAAAGAAUGCACACGUCGUAUGGUAAAAAAAUAACAGACUUUAUUGCAGGAACGAAGAGUGGUUACAAGAAAAAUAACAGAGCUGUAUCGAAAAAAAAGAAGUAAAAAGCAAAUAUUUCUUAAUGGG